AUGGCUAGAAGAAGAAAUAACAAGAAAAACGGCAACAAGAAGACUUUUGGUGCUCGUGAUGAUAGCAGAGCUCAAAAUCACUGGAAUGAUUUAGUUAAAGAAAAUGCUAAAUGGGAACAAUACUACCACGAUAUUUUAGAUGUUAUCCCAGAUAAUGAAUGGGAAAGUUUUAAAAAGACUUGUCAAACUCCAUUGCCAUUAACUUUCAGAAUUACAGGUUCUAGAGCUCAUGCUCAAGAAGUUUUAAACCUUUUCAGAGAAAGACAUUUACCUAAUUUAACCAAUGUAACCUACGAAGGUGAAGUUUUAAGGACCCCAUUGGAAUUGCAUUGGUAUCCAAAUAAAUUAGCUUGGCAACUGGACGUUCCAAAGACCGUUAUCAGAAAGAAUGAACAAUUUGCAAAGACACAAAGAUUCCUUGUUAUAGAAAAUGCAGUUGGUAAUAUUUCUAGACAAGAAGCAGUCUCGAUGAUCCCACCUAUCGUUUUAGGUGUUAAACCUCAUCACACUGUUUUAGACAUGUGUGCCGCUCCAGGUUCGAAGACUGCUCAAUUAAUUGAAGCUUUACAUGCGGAUUCUGAUGAACCAACCGGGUUUGUUGUGGCUAAUGAUGCAGAUGCUAAGAGAUCUCAUAUGUUAGUUCAUCAACUAAAACGUUUAAAUAGCGCCAAUUUAAUGGUAGUCAAUCAUGAUGCCCAAUUUUUCCCACGUAUCAAGACUGUACCUGGGUCUGAUAGAAAAGUUGACUUGUUAAAGUUUGAUAGAAUUUUAUGUGAUGUACCAUGUUCUGGUGAUGGUACGAUGAGAAAGAAUGUCAAUGUUUGGAAGGAUUGGAACGCUCAAAGUGGUCUUGGUUUACAUCAAGUCCAAUUCAAUAUUUUGAAUCGUGGUCUACACCUUUUGAAGAAUGGUGGUAGAUUAGUAUAUUCCACCUGUUCCCUAAAUCCAAUUGAAAAUGAAGCUGUUGUAGCCGAAGCUUUAAGAAAAUGGGGUGAUUCCAUCAGAUUAGUUAAUUGUGAUGAUCAAUUACCUGGUCUUAUCAGAAGUCAAGGUAUCACUUCAUGGCCUGUUAUUAAUAGAAACAUGGAACCCAGAACUAAAGGGGAUGAAAAUACAUUAGAUAGUUGGUUCCCACCAAGUGCCGAAGAAGUUUCUAAGUUUAAUUUACAAAACUGUAUGAGAGUAUACCCACAUCAACAAAAUACUGGUGGUUUCUUUAUCACUGUUUUUGAGAAGAUUGGCGAUUUAGAAAAGAAUGACGACAAGAAAAGACUACCUGAUAACUCCACUGAAAAGUCGGAUGAAAAGAAAAUUAAAAGCAACGAUGAGGCUGCUGUAGUUCCACAGAAGAAGGAGAGAUUGCCACGUGAUGCAAACGAAGAACCAUUCAUUUUUGUUGAUCCAAAUCACAAAGCCAUUGAAUCUUGUUGGAAGUUUUAUGGUAUUGAUGAUAACUUUGACAGAAAUACAUGUCUGGUUCGUAAUGCCACUGGUGAACCAACAAGAGUUAUUUAUACAGUUUCCCCUUCAUUAAGAGAUAUUAUCCAAGCCAACGAUGAUAGAUUAAAGAUAAUUUAUGCAGGUGUUAAGUUAUUUGUGUCUCAAAGAAGUGAUAUUGAAUGUUCAUGGAGAAUACAAGGGGAAUCAUUACCAAUUAUGAAACACCACAUGAGUGGUAGCAGAGUUGUAUCAGCAAACUUGGAUAUGUUGAAACUUUUAUUAACUGAUUCAUUCCCUAAGAUUGAAGACUUAGAAGCCAAAAAUGUGGAUAAUAAAUUCCUGGAAGAUAUCAAGAAAUUAAGUUCUGGUUGUGCCUUUAUUAAAUUUGAAAGACAAGAUGGAGAAGACUUAUUUUUACCUGUUUGGAAAGGAACCAAAUGUAUGAACUUGAUGGUUUCUAAAGAAGAUUCACAUGAAUUAUUAUACAGAAUCUUUAACAUUGAAACCACUGCUAAAGACAAUGCAAAAGCCCCAAAACCAAAGGAGAUUUCUACUAAUGAUAAUGAAACCAAAGUUGAAGCUGUGGCUAAGUAA